AUGAUAGUGAGGAUCCCAAGUGGCUACCUGAGGACUAAGAUUCUUGAAAAAGGAUUCUGGUACGUGGGAGAUUCCAUGUUUCACACUGCGCAAUGGACAGCGGCUCACUCUACCGGUGAUAAGCCAAUAGUAUCGAUCCAAUUAUGGGCUCACUUGACAGGUGUUCCUUUGGACCUACGUCACCAAAAAGGUCUAAGUCUUAUCGCGGGCUUAGUUGGAGAGCCAAAAGAGACAGAUGAUUUUACAAAAAACCUGGUGAGCCUAACCUUAGCUCAUGUCAAGGUGGAGGUGGACUUGACAAAGGCGCUCCCGGAUGUAGUAGAGUACGAAAGAGAUAGUGGCGAGGUAGUCCAAGUUCAAGUUGCUUAUCCUUGGCUCCCUCCAAAAUGCAGCCAUUGCCAGGAGCUGGGACAUAUCAUGAAGAAUUGUCUACUCCUUCCUGUUCCCCCUAAAGAGGCUCCAAACAAGCCUGAUAAAGAAAAAACUAAAAAAGAGUAUCAGAAGAAAAAGGUUCCUGUUGAUCCUGGAAAAAUCUCAGCCCCGCAAAGCUCUUCCUCUCCAGAAGUGGUACCUGAAAAGGAACCCCCGCCCUGUGUCCCUCAACCUCAAGCCCCCGAAUCUACUCCACCUCUAGAGGUUAACCCUGUCCCUCGAAACGCAUCUUUAGCCCUCCCACCCUCCUCUUCCACUAUCCUCCCUAAAACUAACCCCUCAGUUAUAAUAGCGCUCCCUGCUACUAUAACCCCCUCCGGUGAACCCUUUCAAUACAGUCCACCUCCCUUACCUAAUUUAUCUGGCCUCAAAAGAUCUCGCUCAAACCCUUCCCUUAACUCCUCUUUUCACCAUCCCACCUCUGUUGCUCGCCCUGCUUUUACCCCCUUGCCCUCCCUUUUUGCUCCUAUCCCUCUAAAGAAUGCCUUCUCCUCUCUAACUACUUCUGAUUCCAACUUGAACCAUCUUAUAACUAAGCUCUGCCAAGGAUGGAAAUUUACCUCUAAUCACCGAUCAGACGAUGAUGGAAGAAUCAUCCUUAUCUGGCGAGAUCCUGUAGCUGUAAGAGUCCUGCAUCAAACAGCUCAAAGCUUAACCUGUCAGAUCAUUAUCCCUAACUCACAGCAGUUCACUUACACAGCUAUAUACGCCUCGAACUUGAGCAGUGAUUGGACAGACCUGUGGGUUGAGCUCCUCAAUGUUUACCAGUCGCUGUCACUUGGCUCCUCUCCCUGGAUGAUUGGGGGGACUUUAACCAAAUCCUGCAUCAUGCAGAACACUCAAACCCAGCAGUUGAUGUUCUAA